CCUGCCAUCCACCAGGCCCGAGUCGGCGUUGGCGGCCUUCAGCUCCCUGAUGGUGAUCCGCUCCGGAGGAGCCCCGCUGCCUCUCGCGUUACGAGCAGCCAAACUUGUUUGUAGGGGCCAAUUCCAGAGGAUACGUCUGGCUUUCUUCUCGACGGACAUCGUUGGUGAGAAGCCCAUUCUGGUCCGCGACUUCAUCCGCUCCGCAUUAUAUGAUCCGAACCACGGAUAUUUCUCCAAGCGGUCGGGGCCCGUUGGAGUGCUCGAUAGAAGUAUUCGUUUCAAUCAACUCGAAGGCAGGGGUGUCUAUAUGCGGCAUUUGAAGAACCUUUACAAGCAGCAUGAUAUUGCUUGGUUUACUCCAGUGGAACUAUUUAAGCCAUGGUACGCAUAUGGUAUUGCGGAAGCAAUAAUGCGCACAGCUAACCUUUCAAUUCCAUUAAAGAUAUUUGAAAUUGGGGGUGGUUCUGGAACAUGUGCGAAGUGUAUAUUGGAUUACAUGAUGUUGAAUGCACCAGAUAAGGUUUACAAUAAUAUGACGUAUACCUCUAUAGAAAUUAGUCCAUCUCUUGCCGAAAGGCAGUUAGAAACUGUUGGAGAAGUUCAGAGUCAUUUGUCAAGGUAUAAAGUAGAAUGCCGUGAUGCAACAGAUAGAACCGGAUGGGGGCCUGUAGACCCCCAACCAUGCUGGGUUAUAAUGCUUGAGGUACUUGAUAAUCUUCCACACGAUCUUGUCUAUUCUCCAAAUCAAGUUUCUCCAUGGAUGGAGGUCUGGCUUGAGAAAGUACAAGACAGCUUGCAAAUCUCAGAAGUCUACAAGCCAUUACAAGAUCCAUUAAUUGCUCAGUGUGUCAAGAUAAUUGGCAUGGAUAAUGGUGGGCAGAGCAGAUUAAUUGCAGCAUCUAGGCACAUUUUGUCUAAAGUUUUUCCAAAGCCCCGAAGAGCUUGGAUGCCAACUGGUUGCUUGAAACUACUGGAGGCUCUGCAUUGGGCUUUACCGAAGAUGUCCCUUAUUGCUUCUGACUUCAGCUAUCUCCCCGAUGUCAGUAUACCCGGUGAUAGAGCUCCCCUGGUUUCUAGUAAGAGAGAUGGGUGCACUGUGGAUCAUAACAACUACCUUGAUGCAAAGGGUGAUGCUGAUAUCUUCUUCCCAACAGACUUCUGGCUCUUGGAGCGAAUCGAUCAUCACUGCUCUGGUUGGUUGAAUGAACAGACAGAAUCAAAAUCCUUGAAGCCAGUGAAGAAGAGAAGAACUCUCACACUUGAUACUGCAGCCUUUAUGGAAGAAUUUGGUUUGCCAACAAAGACAAGGACAAAGGAUGGAUAUAAUCCACUUCUGGAUGACUUCAGGAAUACUAAAUUUUAUAUCAGUGUACCAACACAUAACAUUACAUAGCCAGUCUAAAGUCGUUGCUGAAGACAAGCAGCAGGAGGGCUUAGUGGAAUUUUUAAGGUUGAACCUCGGACAGCAGAGUAUCUAAAGGAUUUAAUGCAUUUAAUAAUUUCUUCAAUGCUAAUGAAACUAUUUUCGCACUGGUUAGGUCCAAGUUGAAAUAAGCUAUCGUAAUUGCGGGUUUUGUACUUCACAGAAGAUAUCAUUAUUCUGUGUGCUUCCAAAGGUAGAAAAUACAAAUUGAAAAUUGCAUUUUUUGCAGCAGCGGCAUGUCAUUGUUCCUAAAUGAGACCAACUACAACUCAGGGAGAAUUUUCUAUAUUUGUAUCAGUUUAACGCUGUUUUCAUUUAACCGUUUGUAACGUGACUAACGCCAUUUAUAUAUUUGUACAAUUUGCAUUGAUUA